UAACCAAUUAAAAUAUCUCCUACAGAAUCAACAAUGACGACUAACAACAACAACAAGACGGUCUUUGUCACAGGAGGAACUGGUUACAUCGGGUCACAUUGCAUCAUUGACCUGCUUAACGAGGGCUACCAGGUCAUUACCAUCGAUAACCUGACCAAUAGCCGAUCAGGAGCAUUGCGUCGGGUCCAAGAGAUUACCGGGAAGGCUGUUAUCUUUUACGAGUGUGAUUUGCUGGAUGGUGAAGCUGUACAUGGAUUUUGCCAAGCACAAGAUUGACUAUGUGAUCCACUUUGCCGCCAUGAAAGCCGUAGGAGAGUCGAUGCAGUUCCCACUUAUUUACUACAAGAACAAUGUUAUUGGCACCAUUAACCUAGUAGAGGGUGAGA